CGGGCCCAAUUUAUAAGCAAAUUCCUUUAGAACCUCUACAACCUCUCAUACGCAAAUUCGUCACUCAUACGCAAAUUGCAGUAGCUCGAAUUGCAGAAGCUCGUUCCAGGUUCUUGUUUUGUUCCUUACCUGAAUCUACUUGUUUUGUUGCGGAUUUUGAUCAAUUUUUCAAGUGUUGUGGCUGGAAAUCAGUAAUGAAUGACCUGUCAUCCCCGGGCCGAGGGCGGCCGCCCCUCGCUGAGGGACGGGCCUGUGUGGGAUAGUUGGAUGUUACAAUUGGACUUGCUGAUUUUCCUGUUAAGCUACCUUGGUGGAGAGAAAUGGAGCACAAAUGUAAGCAAUUCCAUGAUUUUGAUGAAAAUGAAGUGUUGAAUGUCCAUACCCAUGUGAGAGUGUGAGGAUUUGAUAAAGUACUUGGGUGAAAUGAAGAGUUUGGAUAACAGAGGCCGAAAUAACUCAAUACUAUACAUUAGUUAGAGCUGCCUGAUACAGUGAUACUGGACCUUUGGUGUAGGAGUCAGAUGGAUGUGAUAGUGUCGAGACAAUAGGGAGGAACUUCGUUUCUGUGGUCGAUGUUAAAAUUAGCUUCUAUAAUGCUUAACAACGUUGGCAAAAGAAUGGAAGGAGAAGGAAAAGUUAUAUCCAACCCUGAUGAUGAAGUGAGGGAAAUACUGGCAGAAUUUAUGGUGGGAGUUAUAAAGUUUGAGGAGUUAGUGGAAGUUGGAAGGAAAUCUCUUAUCAGAUUUCAGCAGGCACUUGAAUUUCUCCGGCACCCUUCAAUAUAUGAAUCAUCAGAGCUGGUCAAGAACAUCCUCAAAAUGAAUGAAACAAUGCGUGUAACAGCAUACAUAGAAGCGGGUUGCAUAAAUGCUUAUGAUAGCACACAGAGUGUUGUUCAGAUGAACACGAGUUUGUGUAACCUUCAGGAUUGUUUAACCAAAGCCAACGACAUAAUCAACAAUCUUGAAAACCUUAUGGAUAAGGCAGGCAAUGCUUUAUGUAUGAACUCAGAUGACCAAUUAGAGACGGAGCUCCAGGGUUCUGAACAAGAAGUAACUUCCCCCGAAAAGCUUGAUGCUGCUAAUUGCGCUUCCUUUAUGGCAGUCAUCUACAGUAUGGUAAAGCAAGAUUAUACGAUGCAAGAAAAGAUUGUUUCUUCAUUGAAUUUUAAAUCAUCCAGUGAUGAAUUAGAGAGCUACCGUAUAAUGUGGACAUUGAGGCCGUUCGUAGAUGAUGAUGUCGUACACCAAGCUUUAGCACAAGUUAAAUGAUAAUACUUUCUCCAUUUUAUAUUAACUGCGACAUGGAGCGGAGACGUGUUUUCUAAAGAAUCCAUGUGAUGAGGAGACAUACAGGGAGGGAAGGAAGAACUUGUGUGAUGAGGAUAGUGACGAGAGAAUUUGUUAACCAAAUAUGGUAAAUUGGUAACGUUGAAAUAUCCAACAAAGAGAAGUUUUGCAAUUAUUAUUAUAAAUAGAGCAAGUAUGUUUCUGUUUAAAA